CCCCCCUCCUGCAUUUCAGUCACGCAGCCUCGCUCAGAUUUGAGAUGAAGCAUGGAGGUUGUGUUUUUUCCUCUGUCGCAGCUCGUAGCCUUGUAGCUUUAAUCUAAAAAAAAUUACAAAACCGCGUUUGACAUCGAUCUGCCUUUGCUUGGUGUACCUCGAGGAACAUUUAUUUAUGCGCAAAUACUCACCGAAGCUCGUAAUUUAGGGAUAAUCUGCAUUGCUCUCAUCCAAUCGAGGGACUGCACCUCACCGACGAGAACACAACAUCUUCACAUGCAUUUUUUAAAUCUGCACUAGGACGUUGUCUUUUGCAACACCCGUGCGUUUUCGAAUUAAAGGUCAAAUAUCAAUUUAGCUGAAUUUAGACCCUGAAUGGUUUGCAAUUAAGAUCGCAGUCUGCGAUGCUUUUCAUUCAGCACCACGAUGCUGCGGUAUGAGAGCAGGAAAGUAGCCUAGAGAAGGUGAUGGACAAUGUGCUGUCCAGCAGGUACAAAAAGGCAGCGGCGCUCAUGGUCCUGAAUGCAGCGGAGAGAGACACCUAACCGGGUGUCACCGUUAGCCCUGGAUGCUGCGAAAAAGAAUGGGAUACGCCGACCCAUCGUCGGGUAAAGACAUACUUGGCAAUAGAUCACUUUGUUUUAUAUUUAUUUGUGCAUUUGGACUCGUCACACUAUUGCAGCAGAUUCUUUAUGGGAAAAACUACAUUAAGAGUGCGCAACAGUUUAGCCGACUCAAAGGGGACGAGACAGGAAAUUGGACCGGUCCUGUUAAUUUCUCGGAUGACGGAGCUGUGAAGCCUGCCAGAAAUGGAAGGAAAAGAUGUUUCCGUCAGAAUUUUCAGCCAGAUUCACAGAUCUCCGUAAUAGUCACACCCUGCCUAGCUGAUAUUAAGAAGAAAAAAAAACGCCCUCAAAGGUAUCUGGGAAACUAUGAUGGAUCUUUUGAAUACAACUCAACAGCAUGUAGGGAACUCAGACAGGAAAUCAUGGACGUCAAAGUCUUGACAAUAAACUUCAAACGGAAAAUAACUGGCCAUGGGUAUCCUCCCUUAUCCCACAAGUCUCUCCUGUCUGGCAGGGUGAAAACAUCAGAGCUGUUUGAGAGAUGGCGGAACCUGCAGGUGUGUAGGUGGGAGCAGAACAAGGAGGAAACCAGCAAUUUUAAGAUGUCUUUGUCUCGCUGCUGUAAUGCUCCCUCCUUUCUAUUCACCACCAAGAGGAACACUCCUGCAGGGACCAAGCUGAGAUAUGAGGUAGACACAAGUGGUAUCCUUCCCAUCACCACCGAGGUCUUCAAGAUGUUCCCAGAUGAUAUGCCAUAUUCCAAAUCCCAGUACAAGAAAUGUGCUGUAAUUGGAAAUGGUGGUAUCAUCAAGAACAGCAAAUGUGGAAAGGAAAUUGACUCAGCAGAUUUUGUGUUCAGGUGCAACAUACCACCCAUUAAUGAGAAGUACACCGCUGAUGUUGGCACUAGAACAGAUCUGGUGACAGUAAAUCCAAGUAUUAUUACUGAGAGAUUUCAGAAGCUGGAGAAAUGGCGGCGACCGUUUUAUGAAGUCCUACAGAAUUAUGAGAACUCCUCAGUGGUACUUCCUGCCUUCUACAACACCCGUAACACUGAUGUAUCUUUCAGAGUCAAGUACAUGCUGGACGACUUUGACUCCCAGAGAGGCGUGUUCUUCUUCCACCCGCAGUACCUCCUCAAUGUGCAGCGUUUCUGGGCAGUGCAGGGUGUCCGAGCCAAACGCCUCAGCAGCGGUCUGAUGCUGGUGACAGCCGCCUUGGAGAUGUGCGAGGAAGUCCACCUUUAUGGCUUUUGGGCAUUCCCCAUGAACCCCUCUGGCAUCUUUAUCACUCAUCAUUACUAUGAUAACGUCAAGCCAAGGCCGGGCUUCCAUGCGAUGCCCCAUGAAAUUUUCAAUUUUAUUCACAUGCAUACACGUGGGAUCAUCAAUGUACACACAGGGCAAUGCACGUGAUCCCCUAAAUCAUCUGUUUUGAAGUGGAAACUCAACAUUUUUCAUUUUAAAUUUGUUUCAAAUCUGGUUUACCUGUUAAAUUGUACUGGUUGUUAGCCAAAUAUUUAAAAAGAUAGUUAGUCUUCACUUGUGUUCACUUCCGUUUUUUCUGUUUCAACAACACAUUGAGGGUUGCCUGCUUUAAAGCCAACAUUACUUUGAUUUUCAUUGUGAAAUUUAAGUUAUUUUAUGUAGCCAAUCAAAACCUUAAAGGUUUAUCUCAGAAUCUUACCACAGGAUGCUUGUUUUUAAUGUGAAAAGUGGUCUUCAUAGUGAUGUUGUUUCUGUGAAGUUUUCUAGUGGCUCUGCUGUACAGAGGUGUUGUUUUCUACUCAACGUUGCACAGAUAUUUACGCCGAAAUGGGCCCCACUGGGUAUUGUGACCCCUCAUUUCCUUUCUCUUCUCUCUUUAUCCCUGACACUCUGUGGCUGUGGCAGCUUUUAAUGUUUGUGUUAAAAAAAACAACUUGAUAUUAAGCUAAUAUUCAAAAAAAAAAAAGGAAAAAAACGAACUUGUAACAUUCAGUUGUCUACUUUUGUAAUCUAUUUCUUAUUCACUAGAGUUGCUGGGAGAAUAUUUCAAAAUACUACAAAAAUGGCCUGUUAUCAGUGGUACUCUCUUUUUCCUAUUAAAAAAAUACUUCCAAAGUUUCUGGCUAAGAAAAUGUGUGCAAGAAAAGAUGAGAUGGAGGAUAUUGACAACAGCCAGAAAAAUAUAAUGUACAAUUUCGAAUUAGGCCACCUAAUUCGCAAAUAUAGCAAUGGUAAGCACCCAGCCUCUCUUCGUUAUUCAUGUCUUAAAACCAUGCUGCCUUAUAAGAAAACAACCCCCUCUAUAUGAUAUGCAAUGCACCUUUGUGUUUUGCUUAUCUCUAAUACAUAAAUACAAAACUAAAUCUUAGUUUGUCUCUUGAAUCGGAAGAGGGUUAAGACUCUGUAAGGUUUAGAAAAUCUUGUGCUUUUCUCAGCCUAUAAUCUACUGGAAUUAGUGAAGUCUCACUGUAAAGUCCAUUCAUAACCAUGUAAUGCUCUGCAUGACUUUACUCUAUACUUGGCUUUGUGUGUGCCUGCUUCAAUGAUCACUAAGAUAUGUUUACACUUCAGCCUCCACGGAAGUUCACAAUACUUUUGAAGAUACAAACACAGACUUUUCCACAGAGCGAUGGACAGAUUAAGGUACAUUUUAUAAUAGGGGAUGCAUGAUCAAAGAAUGAAGAAUGGUUGCUACCCUUUUUGUGAGAUGCUAGGACACUUGUAGGACUACUUCCCCAUAAAACUGUAGAAAUUCAAUUUAUUAAUUGUCAAGCACUAGCUUGCCGUGCAGGUUUCUCUUUCAGUAUGUUGCACACUCCAAAAGAGACUGUGUACUUUUUUUUUUUGCCACUUAUGUGUUCCUGCUCGGCUGUGCAGCUGUCCAUUUUUACUUUAGUAUUCAAAGGACAUCAUUUUGCUUUAGAUUUAAACAUGCUCUUUCUUUUGUCUACUCAGACUUUUUGUGUGCUAUUGCACAGCAGACAUAGGUUCAACAAAUUUAAAUACACCCUUUGGCUUGACCACUUAAUAGAUGUAAAACCACAAGUGAAUCAAGAAUGGAAAAGGAAUAAAAUUGGCCUGUGUGCUGAAUGGUGUUGAUAUAUAACACAGUGCUUCUUUACUGACUCUUGAUCAUUCUUUAUACUGUAUUGUUUUUGUAAAUAAACUUGUUUGGAUUUUCUUAA